AUGAUGGCCAGACCCCAGCAGGGCCCCCGGCUGCUGCUGGCCAUCAUGGGGGCCCUGGUGGCCCUCACCUACCAAACAAGGAGGAAAACCUUCAUAAGUGUCUACGAGGUGCCCUUGUCAGAUCCUGUCGUGGUGACCACUCUGGACUUUGUGACCAAGGACUUCAACAAGAAGAGCAAUGACACGUACAACUUCCGGAUUGUGCGUGUCCUCAAGGUCCUGAAGAGGCUGACCGACCACAUGGAGUAUCGCAUAAACCUGGAGAUGCAGCGGACCAGCUGCCUCAGGAUGGAGGUGAACAACUGCUCCUUCCAGGAAGGCAAGCUCUACAAGAAAAUCGAUUGCUUAUACUCAGUAUUUGUUAUUCCCUGGUUUGAAAAGUAUAAAGUUCUGGCCCAAAACUGCACGGAUGGCUAG